CACUAGAAAAUAUCCGGUUAAGGGUCAUUUGUUUAAAAGCUGUCCCUUCGGCAACGUUUCGGCAUACCAAUCGAGGAACAUUUCUAAACAUUAAAUCGAGACUUCAAAACAUUUUCUACUUCUACAUUUAGCUGAAAGUAUUACACGGCUAAGUAUGGUUAACUUCAACAGCUUCGGCCGCAUCGUGGUUAACCGAUGGAUGGACCUCCAUCGGACACGAAUAGAAUCCUUUCAAAUACGUCACUUUUCUCGGCACUAUCCGCGACCAAGCACCAUCGCUCAGUACGUUCCCGAGCAUCAGCUAAUCCGAGAGCGUGAGAAGAGCAAAUCCUACAUAGAGAAUAAAAAUCGAUCCAUGUGGGAGCUAGACGGAGGCCGUGCAAAUAGCUCGUCCCAAGAGGACCACAAGCGCCUGGACGAUAACCAGUAUCAUCCUCUGGAGAUAAAGCAGCGUAUGUACGACUGUACCUGGGACAAUUAUCCGGAAAGCGUUGCAGCAAAGCAGCGGAAUACUAACGUUCCACUAGUAGAGCCAUAUCCCCGACGACGACGAAGCCAGGAAGAGCGCCCUAAUACCGCUAGACCUUGGGACGACAACGCCCUUUCAUUUAUCAGCCAGUGGGACAAUAAUUUAGCCAUGGUCAACCGGAACCGCUUUUCAAGGGGAAGAGGUCAGUGUGUGGAGUCCAUUGUAACACCUCAGAUGAGGGAUGCCCUUCUAAUCAGAAAGCGACAAUUCUUUUACUAAAAAGGACUGGGAUUUUCGACUAUGAAAAUAUGCCUAAAAAAGAACUGCUUCAGCCGUUAUAAAUCUUUAGUAUGUGAAGCAUGCGAGUGUGUAUGAUAAAAAUUCUAAUGUUAUAUGUUCUGGUUUCGACGCUAAAUUGAAUAUAAUAAUAAAACAUGCCGAAAUUGAAUAGCAAA